AUGGGGCUCCGAGUCACGUGCUUCCACUGGUCGAGGGACCUGUCGAGCUCGGCCCAACACGGCCCCGGGGGUGCCUCCUUCACCCCUGGGGCACUGGCCUCGCCACCCAGUGCCGGUGGCCUCGCCCACCACCGGACGUGUUUGCGCGGCUCACCCCUUGGGUAUCCCUCGGCCAGACGGAUCCAUCUGGACGCCCAGCCGGACGCACAGGCCGUCAUCCGCUGGAGCGCACAGCACCCAGUGCCGCUGCCAGCCUGA